AACUGUUUUCUUAUUAGCCCCACCAGGUAAAAAUAUUCUACUCCUACGGCUAUAUAUGGUCCGCCAAAAACGUUCAUUUCCUUCACAUUACUUUCCUUUCCUUCAUACUGAACUAGCAAAAAAGACAAUGGAGUUUCCGGUAAUCGACUUCAGUAAGCUUGACGGUGAGGAGAGAAGUGCAACCAUGGCACUUCUCCAUCAGGCUUGUGAGAAAUGGGGCUUCUUUAUGAUAGAGAACCAUGGAAUUGACACUAACUUGAUGGACAAUGUGAAGCAGCUGGUAAAUCAGCACUAUGAAGCCAACAUGAGGAAACGCUUCUAUGAAUCGGAGCUACCUAUGACCUUAGAGAAGAAUGAAACCAUCAGCAACACAGACUGGGAAAGUACAUUCUUUCUUUGGCAUCGUCCAACUUCUAACAUCUAUGAGAUUCAAGGUCUCUCAAAGGAUCUUUGCAAAGCAGUAGAUGACUACAUUGAUCAGCUGAUCAAGCUAGCAGAAAAUCUUUCAGAACUAAUGUGUGAGAACCUUGGCCUAGAGAAGAGUUACAUCAAAGAAGCAUUUUCAGGGAGCAAAGGUCCUUGUGUUGGAACAAAAGUGGCAAUAUAUCCUCAAUGUCCUCGCCCUGAUUUGGUCAGGGGAUUGCGCGAGCACACAGACGCUGGUGGUAUCAUACUCUUACUCCAAGACGAACAAGUUCCUGGUCUGGAAUUCUUCAAAGACGGACAUUGGGUGAAUAUUCCACCUUCCAAGAACAACAGAAUUUUUGUAAACAUUGGUGACCAGAUCGAAAUUUUGAGCAAUGGGAUGUAUAAGAGUAUUCAACACCGAGUGAUGGCUGAAAGGGAUGGGAAUAGACUUUCCAUUGCCACCUUUUACAACCCUGCUGGUGAGGCCAUCAUUUCUCCAGCACCAAAGCUCUUGUAUCCUUGUCACCUCCGCUUUCAAGAUUAUCUGAAUCUUUAUUCCAAAACAAAAUUUGCGGAAAAAUGCCCCAGAUUUGAGUCUGCGAAAACAUUGGCCAAUGGGCACUAAGACUUCACCUUGAAAAAGAAUGAUUAUUCGUUCCAAGUUUAUGUAUUUGUUACUUAUCAUUUGAGUGCUCUGUUUUCCCCUUCUUCUUUUUUUCUUUCUUUCAUUUUGGGCAUUCUUUGUGGUUAAAGUUCAAGAGAAGCUAAUGUAUAUAGGCUUCCUUUAUCAUGUAAGAUUGCAUUAAAAGUUUUUAAGGUCAAAGUUAGGGUUGCUUUGAAAAGCUGUUACACAUA